CCCUCGGAACUUUGACAAGUGACAGGUUUAGCGGUCGUGGAGAAAAAUAUUUCAUUGUCGGACAAAAGUUGUAGGAUUCAGACGGGGUCGUUUGACAGUGACCUUGAUCUUGACCUUGGGGUCAAAUUUCAAGGUCAUUUGAAGGUCAAUGAGCCUCGUAACUCGGAAAAUGUACAGAAUGAAAAAAUACUUUAUUAUAUAUAGUGUUUAAAGUAAAAACUCUUGAGAGUGUGUAAUGAGAAAUAGGAUAUUUUAUUAAAAUUUUGAUAUUGACCUUCAAAUGACCCUGAAAUUUUGUCUGAAACAUUUUUCUUUACGACCGCUCCCUGCAAAGAGGGCUGAUGGAUUAAAAUGGGACAUCCUGUAUUAUGGAUUACGUACGCGCAGCUUCCUGUCAUGCGCGAAACGUUGAGUCAAAACCUAACCUCAAUCUAGUGUCAACCUAACCUCAAUCUAAUGUCAACCUAACCUCAAUUUAUUCUUGUUGUGUACACGCUGCUGAUGCGACCUGACAAAACGGUAUGUCGAAGAUAGUCGAGUCCCUGAAGGGGUUGAACGUCGAGAACGGCGCGAUGUCAACGAAGCAAGACGACGAGGAGAUGUGCGAAAAAGGCGAGCUGACGCUGUCGAUGGAAGAGAAGGUGUCGCACAAUCAGAAUUAUAUCCUCGCCGUUUGCGGAACUCAAAGUGAGUCAGAAUUUAAAAUUGGAGCAGCAUUGUCAGAUUAUUCAUGUGUAAUAUAUUCUGUUGGUGAGUCCUUAAGCCGAACGAUUACGCUAGAACACAAUCAAGCACCUAUCGUGGGAGUUAAGUUCAGUCCUACUUCCAAAAAUAUAUUGUAUACUGCUACUAAUGACGGACAAAUCACAGCGUGUGAUUUGCGUGCUAAGGGAAAAGUUGUGGCAGAAUUUAAAGAUAACACAGAGGAUGGCAAGACAAAACCUUUGGCCAGUUUUGACAUUAACUGCGAUGACAGGCUUCUAGCUGGUGGAACAGAACAUACAGGUGGAGAUGCAUUUAUAUUGUUUUGGGAUGUGAGAUAUAACGGUUCUAAAAUGGAGAAUAGAAAUAAUCUGCUCGGUGGAUAUUGGGAAUCGCAUAUGGAUGAUAUUACUUGCCUGAAUUUUCAUUCUGUCAAGCGAGAUAUCUUGGCAUCUGGUAGUACAGAUGGUUUGAUGAAUAUAUUUGAUCUCACACAGACUUCAGAGGACUUGGCCUUAACAUGUUCAUUAAAUACUGAAUCAUCAGUGGAUAGGCUGGGUUGGUUAACUGAUGACUCUCUGUGGUGUACAACACAUACAUAUACAUUACAAUUAUGGAAUUGCGAAGAUGUCAGUGCAUAUGCAACAUUUAAACGAAGUCACUUCGCUGUAUCACAGAAUGAAGAUAAUAAUUGUUAUUUAGUGAGAUUCCAUGCCACAAAUGUAUUUGGACAACCAUUUAUAUUGGCGGGUUCUAGUACAGCUACAGGGGAGAAAUUAAGAUGUAUGAACGUGAUGAACAAUCGUCUGGAAACAUGUCACAAAAUCCUAGAAAAUAAGCAAGUAGUACGUGAUAGUUGGAUUCAUGAAAAGAGCGGUUGUUUGGUGACUGUCGGCGAGGGUAGUAUUAUCAAUAUAUGGCGACAAGCGGAAACGACACAGCAAAAUUCGCCCCGCAAGCUAUUGACUAAAAUUAAUGGAAAAGGUCGCGAUCGACAUCACAGAACUAAACCCUAUUAAAUAAUAUGAAUUAAGAUUAGAGAUAGAUAUUUUUUUCAGUAUAAAAAUUUUGUAAAAAUAAAUGUAAAUGUAAUAAAACUAAAAGAGAAAGUGGAAAGAUAAAAGAGUCAUAUAAUCAUAUAUAUAUAUAUAUAUAGAUAUAUAUUUUUAUAUUUCCCUCACAUUCUUCUUUAUUACAAUAACAGUUGUAUGUACAUUUAUAAUAAAUAGGUAUAUUUGUUUA